AUGACCUCAGCCUCGAGUGCUGCCACUAAUCGCGCCGCCGAUCUUUCUGCUCAAUCCGGAGACCCCUCGCACCAAGUUUUGCAGUCGUCGGGCAGUGGCGAUGUCCACGAUUUAUCGUCAAGCACUUCCACGGAAAAUGUCGAUCGAAACCAAAAGGAGAACAUAAGCCCACGGGCGGGAGAUAAACCAGCUGCAGGUCCCGAUGGGAGGAAUGCGGGGGUAAAUCAGGGAGCACCUGAGGUCGAUGACUUUGGCCUCCCAAUUCGCGUGCGCGCCAGACCUGAACAGUCCGAUUCUGAGGGAGAAGUGUUCCACGAUGUCCAAGAUGGCGCUGCGGGCACGAGCAGUGACGGCAAUGCGAGUAAACAAGAAGGGCAGACUAUCGCAGGUGGAUUGACACCGGAAGGGCAGUCAGAAAACGGAAAACCAACCGCUACUUCUGAAAGCAAAGAGGACUCCAAACUCGCUGUAGAACAUGGGAAAAGCGACGGUGCAGAAAACGAGGACUCCCAGAAGGACUCAGGGAGCUCUACCGGUAGUGGAGAGCCCACCGCUUCUAGCGUUGCCCCUCAAAGCUCUCAAGUUGGGCAAUCUUCAACCCCCAAAGAGCAUAACGGUACGGAAAGCCAUGAAGCGCCUGCCCAGUCCCAAGUCACACAUACGAAACAAGCAAACCUCAAGCCAUCUGAGUGGUCACACCAACGACUAGCCAUGGGCCAAGAUCCAGACACCGAGAGCGACAGCGAGGAAAGUACCGGUGAAUGGCAGGAAAUGCCUGCCCUGGGUGAGUUUGAUGUAUAUGAUGACUUCGGACGGCUAGUUGCUCGUGGGGCCAAGGAAGAAGGCGAUGAUGCGGUGUACAGGGGUCUGGGAGGUGCUGGAAAAGGGUACACUCGGGUACAGCUAGAUGAGGAUGCUCAAUCGGCGAACAGCUUGGACGAAGAUACAAGCUAUCUUUUCCGAGAGACCGGUGAUAACUCUGCUGGCGUAGAAGGGGAGGAACUACGCGACCCACUCAGUCAACUGCAGGCCACAAAGGACCUUUUGACUGAAAGCCAGAGAAUCGCUUACGUUGGAGCAACCAGAUUGACUAUUUAUCAAAUGACAUCGGAAUUCCAAAAGAUACCUUCGACGAAGGCUACCCGCAAAUCACUUCAAAGAUGCACAGACUCCAUGAGGAAAUGGGGCCAAUCGACGAUGGUUCGACUGUACGCCCACAUGGACAUCGACGCCGCAGAACAGAUCAUGAUCGAACAACUGGCUGAGCAUGGUGUACAUCCUGAAGACUUGAUAAGGCCGCUCAUGCAGAAUGCUCGAGUCAAAAAUCCUUUGGCAGAUGAUGUCGACUCCAAGAAAUCCAUGUCAUCCCCUGCCUCCCCUACAUCUCCCAGCUUGAAAGAGAACAACCGAAGCAUUCUUUCGAUGGAGAAAGAUGGAUAUGCAGGAUCUGAAACGCCUCCUCCCCCAUAUGAAACCCAUGACGACGAGGACCUUCCAGAAGUUCGCACCCCAUCUCAAUUACCUACUUCGGACAAGAUCGAUCUUGACCUUCGAUGGACUGUGCUCUGCGAUCUUUUCCUUGUUCUUAUCGCAGAUUCCGCUUAUGAUUCCCGCUCACGAACUUUGCUUGAAAGAGUUGGCGCUGCUAUGGAAGUGCCGUGGUUACAAAUAGCCCGAUUUGAAAAGCGAGUCAUCGAUGCUCUUGAGAUGCAGGAAGCCGCGGAUAAUCAAGAGACAUGGGACGAGUCGGAUAAUAUGGAGAAGCGCCGUAAAAUGGCAUUGAAAAAGAAGUAUAUGGUCAUGGGCUUAGCCACCGUCGGAGGUGGGCUUGUCAUUGGUCUUUCGGCUGGGUUACUGGCGCCAGUUAUAGGCGCUGGUCUCGCGGCUGGAUUCACAACAGUCGGAAUUACAGGGACUAGUGCUUUCUUGGGAGGUGCCGGUGGUACAGCAUUGAUUGCAUCUGGUGCAACCUUGACUGGAGGUACGAUCGGAAUGCGAGCUUCGCACAGACGUACAGGCGCAGUCCAGACCUUUGAAUAUCGUCCUUUGCACAACAACAAAAGAGUCAACCUGAUCGUCACUGUCUCCGGUUGGAUGACUGGAAAGGUUGAUGAUGUACGGCUGCCCUACAGUACAGUGGAUCCCAUAAUGGGUGACAUCUACUCCGUGCUGUGGGAGCCCGAGAUGCUUCGAAGUAUGGGAGAUACCAUUAAUAUUCUCGCCACAGAGGCAUUAACCCAAGGACUUCAACAAGUUCUCGGGAGCACUGUUCUGGUUGCUUUGAUGGCAUCUCUGCAGCUUCCCCUUGUUCUCACGAAGCUUUCAUAUUUGAUCGAUAACCCUUGGAUUGUCUCAUUGGCUCGUGCUAAUGCUGCUGGGCAAAUCCUCGCGGAUUCUUUGAUGGCCCAUAAUCUCGGCAAGAGGCCUGUCACCUUGCUUGGUUUCUCCCUUGGUUCAAGAGUCAUAUUCUCUUGUUUGAAAGAACUUGCAGAUAAGGGAGGCAAUGGGAUUGUUCAAAAUGUCUACUUGUUUGGAUCUCCAAUCGUGGCGAACAAAGACGAAUACUUGAAAGCUCGCAGUGUGGUUCCUGGCCGCUUCGUGAACGGCUACUCUUCAAAUGACUGGAUUUUGGGUUAUCUUUUCCGUGCCACCAGUGGUGGUAUUAUGCGUGUCGCUGGUCUCGCACCAGUCGAAGGCAUCCCUGGGCUAGAGAAUUUUGACGUCACGAAAAUGGUCAACGGCCAUAUGGACUAUCGAGCAGCAAUGCCUCGACUACUGAAAGAGGUUGGAUGGGAAGUGUUGAGUGAAGAGUUUGCGGAAAUUGAAGAUCCUGAUCCAGACAACCACGCUGAACGGCAAAGAGAAUUGAUCCGUGAAAUCGACGAGGCCCGCAAAAAUGCAGAGGCGAAGCCAGAGAAAAAACGGUUUGGCUUGUUCAAGAAAGGGAAGCUGGCUGAGAAGAAAGGAUGGGAAACAUACGACGUUGAUCGCAACAACUCCCCUUCCCGUGAUUCGACUGACAGCAAUGGCGCUGGAUCGGUGCUCUUCGACAUCGAUGCGAUCAAGGCUGAGCUAGCUUCCGAAAACCUCGAGGUCAGGCAGCUGGAGUCAACACUUCCUCCGAUGAAAUUAGAUCUGAAUUCACCUGCCUCCAACACCCAAUCUCCAGUUAACCCUUCGCCCCCUCCGGCUACUGAAGAGAAGAAGAAGGGCGCCGAAUCACCCCCGCCUGUCUAUUCACCAUCCGCUGAACCUGCCCCCAAGCAGCCCUCAUCCAACGAUCCGCAUCCUUCUACGUCCGCGGAGGAAAUUCAAAUGACAUUUGAUACCUCUUACCACGAAACACCGCAGCGCUCGUAUUCGCUUGAGCCAGCGACGGGAAGUGCACACGAUUAUCAAUCUACCAGACCUGAACUCAAGUCUUCGGCAACUAUGCCAGUCGGGGUCGGUGCGAGCGCAUUGGGUGCUAUAGCCCUAGAGCCCAAUGCCUGGGCCGAUCAUGACUUAGGGGACGGGGAAGAGGGUGAGAUUUCAAUGACUUUUGAGUGA